GAAGGAUUUCUAGUAUUAAACGCAACCGUGAGGGGGUGGAACGGAUCUGGUCAAUGCCGUUUGACCGGAGAGUUAGCGCUAAAAUUAACCGAUGAGAGAUAGAGAAAGAGUAAAGAGGGUAAAGUUUUAUCGGGGUUUGAAGAGAGAGAAAGAGAGGUUUAAUUAUUUUGCCUUUGCCUGCGGGCCUACUGUCAAGGACCUGCAUCAAUAAGCGAAGGGAGUCGUUAUUUAUUCGGCUUGAACGAUGCAUUGUAUGUUGGGUGGUGGCGUUGUGCCCUACAACUCCUAAUCUCCCUUUCUCUCUCUAAAAAACAUGAGAACCAGGAGAGGAUUGUGUUACCCUCGAGUUCAUGUAAAAGCAGAGACGCAAAAAGCGGAGAAGAGGGGAAGGCCGGCAAGUGCAAGUGUUGAGAAAAAUUGCGGGAAAAAGGUCAAGAUAUCGACCGACUCAGGUGUAAAAGUGGAUUUUUUCAAAAGGUUUCCUGAUGAUUUAGUGAUCUGUAUCCUUAGAAAGAAAUCGGAGAAGAGGAGAAGGGCGGAAAGUGAUGAAGAUAGUGGCCGGAAAAAGGCCAGGGUUUUACCGGAAUCCGGUGGAAAAGUCGAUUUUUUUGAUGUGUUACCUGAUGAUCUCUUAAUUUCCAUUCUCUGCAAGCUUAGUUCUCAGGCUCGUUCCCCUGCUGAUUUCAUGGGCGUCUUGUUAACUUGCAGAAGACUAAAUAGCUUGGCGAUGCAUUCUCUGGUGUUGUCAAAAGCGGCUCCUGGAGCCUUCUCUGUGAAAUCUUCGAAGUGGUGUGAAUCCGCCAAUCGUUUCAUGAAACGGUGUGCAGACUCCGGCAACGUCGAGGCUUGCUUCACUCUUGGCAUGAUUCGCUUCUACUGCCUCCAAAACCGCGGCAGCGGCGCCUCCCUCAUGGCGAAAGCGGCCAUGGUGUCCCACGCCCCUGCGCUCUACUCCCUGGCCGUCAUCCAAUUCAAUGGGAGCGGGGGCUCCAAGUCUGACAAGGACCUCCGUGCUGGGGUUGCACUGUGUGCUCGUGCGGCCUCCCUCGGCCAUGUUGACGCCCUCCGUGAGCUGGGCCACUGCCUGCAGGAUGGCUAUGGUGUCCCCAAAAACAUCCCGGAGGGACGACGGUUCCUUGUCCAAGCCAAUGCUAGAGAAUUAGCGUCUGUGUUGUCCAUGGACCCUCACUCGGUGGAUCCACGCAUCCGUGGGAGGGCUCAUCCGUGGCUGGCGCAACUGUUGGAGCACAGAGUGGCGGGUUGCCCAUUGUUGAGCGAUUUCGGGUGCAAUGUGCCUUUGCCGGAGGCGAGCUUGGCGUCAAAGUUUCUGGGGGAGUGGUUCAGGGAGAGGGGGCUGGAGGGGGGUUUGAGAAUGUGCUCGCACGCCAGUUGCGGUAGGGCGGAGACUAGGCGGCAUGAGUUUAGGAGGUGCUCUGUGUGCGGGGCGGUGAAUUAUUGCUCCAGGGCGUGCCAGGCAUUGGAUUGGAAAGUGAGGCACAAACGGGAGUGCAAGCCGGUGGAGGCGAGGUGGUUGGAUGAGCUCGCCGAGGAGGAGGAGGAGGAGGAAGAGGCGGAGGCGGAGGAGGAGGAGCAAGGGGAUGAGUCAUUGGAAGAGUAGGAUUCAUGGGCUUCUUGGACUGUACAGUUCCUCUCUCCUCCCUCUUUGUCUCUCUGCUUCCUACUCCAGUCACUUUCCCUCUCCUUAUUCUCUCUCUUCUUUCUCUCUCCUACCUCCACUCUCUUUCUCUCUCCUAUGCUAUGCUUUGCUUUGAUUUUGUUUAAAUGUAGGAAUUUUGAUGUUUGAGGGGCUUCUCAGGAAUGAGAAGCGAGGAGGGAUGUUUUUGAGGAAAUUAAAAGAGUUAUCGAAUUUUUUUCGCUUAUUGUCAA